CGAAGGUUACAGGAUGACCAAGGCACGCUCCUUUCUGGAUGCUAUUGGUCUAAAUAGCUUGUCUCAAGCCAAGAAAGAGACUCUCAUUCAGAUGACUAUUCUGUCUGUUGCUUGCAUUCUAGCGUUUUCUGCGAGGCUGUUCUCUGUGCUACGUUUUGAGAGUGUUAUCCACGAGUUUGAUCCGUAUUUCAACUACCGGACCACUAAACGGCUGGUAGAAAAUGGAUACUACGAUUUCCACAACUGGUUUGAUGACAGAGCUUGGUAUCCUCUGGGACGUAUUAUUGGUGGAACCAUCUACCCAGGUCUGAUGGUUACAGCCAGUUGUCUCUUUAACUUCCUCAACUUCCUCAAUAUUACCAUCAAUAUCAGGAAUGUUUGUGUUUUCCUCGCGCCGCUCUUCUCCUCCUUCACCGUCAUUGUGGUAUACUUCCUUACCAAAGAGGUAAAAAACGAUGGCGCUGGACUAGUCGCUGCUUCCAUGAUAGCAAUUGUUCCUGGAUAUAUCUCUAGGAGUGUUGCUGGAUCUUAUGACAACGAGGGUAUUGCUAUAUUCUGUAUGUUGUUGACUUACUACCUGUGGAUCAAGGCUACCAAAACCGGCUCCAUCAGCUGGAGUCUGCUCUGUGCUCUUGCUUACUUCUACAUGGUGUCAAGUUGGGGAGGCUACGUGUUCCUGAUAAACCUCAUUCCUCUCCACGUGUUGACUCUCAUGAUUACCGGACGAUUCUCUCACCGUAUUUACGUCGCUUACUCAAUCACGUACAGUGUGGGCACCAUCCUCUCCAUGCAGAUCCCCUUCGUAGGGUUCGCUCCAGUAGAGACCUCCGAGCACAUGGCAGCUCUGGGAGUGUUCGGUUUGUGUCAGAUCCUGGCGUUUGUAAACUACCUCCAAGCUAACAUGAGUCCUGCUAGCUUUAACGUGCUGUUCAGGGGUGUAAUGACUAUUGGUCUUACUGCUGCUGGAUUGUCCUUUGGUAUUGCAUCAUUCUUUGGAAAGAUCGCCCCAUGGACUGGACGUUUCUACUCUCUCCUGGACCCCUCCUACGCUAAGAACAACAUCCCCAUCAUUGCAUCAGUUUCAGAGCAUCAGCCUACUACCUGGGCUAGUUUCUACUUUGAUCUCCAACUCCUGGUCUUCAUGUUCCCUGUUGGACUGUACUACUGCUUCAGAGAGUUAAGUGACGCUAACAUAUUCGUGAUCCUGUACUCAGUUACCAGUAUCUACUUUGCUGGUGUGAUGGUCCGUCUUAUGCUGGUACUUGCUCCUAUCAUGUGCAUAAUGAGUGGAAUUGGAAUCUCAACUACGCUAUCUACCUACAUGAAGAAUAUAGACUCCGGGGAACAUGUUCCAGCUACGGUUAAAAACAAGAAGAAGGCAGCUGACUACCCCAUCAAGUCUGAGAUUGCCACAGUAAUGGUGACGAUAAUAGCCAUCUUCCUGACCACCUUUGUGUUCCAUUGUACCUGGGUUACAAGUGAGGCUUACUCUUCUCCCUCCAUCGUCUUGGCUGCUAGGGGACACGACGGUAACCGUAUCAUAUUCGACGAUUUCAGAGAGGCGUACAACUGGCUGAAGUUCAACACCCCGGAGGAUGCUAAGAUAAUGAGCUGGUGGGAUUACGGCUACCAGCUAACUGCCAUGGCUAAUAGAACCAUCCUGGUAGACAACAACACUUGGAAUAACACGCAUAUAUCCAGGGUGGGGCAAGCCAUGGCAAGUCCUGAGGAACACAGCUACACUAUCAUGAAGGAAUUGGACGUGGACUACGUUUUGGUGAUAUUUGGUGGAAUGUCUGGCUACAGUUCGGACGAUAUCAACAAGUUCCUUUGGAUGAUUAGAAUUGGUGGCAGCACCCCUGAAGGAGCCCACAUUAAGGAAGGAGAUUAUUACUCUAGUUCUGGAGAGUACAAAGUAGACAAAGACGCUUCAGAUGCUAUGCAUAACUCUCUUAUGUACAAGAUGUGUUACUACAGGUUCGGUGAGGUGAUGACAGAGCAAGGUAAGCCGACUGGCUGGGACCGAGUCAGGAACCAGGAGAUCGGAAACAAAGACUUCGAGUUGGACGUCCUGGAGGAAGCCUUCACUUCCGAGCACUGGAUUGUGCGGAUAUACAAGGUUAAGGACCUUGACAAUCGUGGCAACAAGUAAUGGAACUGUCGACCUUAUAGUCUUAUACGAAACCCAUUAUAAUGAUUAUAAUGAGUAUAGUCUUAUGAAUUUUAUUAUGAAUAUGAUUUAGUUUUGUUAAAGUUGCUAUGAUUUUCUAAUGCAUGAUGUACCAUAAUCCAUUAUAAUUAAAGUCCAAGUUAAGAUUUGGCAUGCCACGAUUAGGAUGCGAUAUGCAAUGCUAUGUUUUGUUAAUUUUGUAGCUCAAAUUAUUUUCAUUACUCUUUAUGAAUAGAAA